AUGGUACAAAAACGUGUGUUAAUGGCUAUUGACAAAUAUUCACAAGAUGUCAUGGGAAACAAUAUGCCUUUUGGAGGAAAGGUUGUUGUAUUGGGUGGUGACUUUCUUCAAACUUUACCCGUUGUACCAUUUGGGUCAAAUGCAGAAAUCAUUGAUUGUUGUGUAAAAAAGUCUUAUAUAUGGAAAGAGUUCAAAAAAUUGAGACUUACAACAAUCACGAAAAGUGAAGGACAAAUUAAAUUCAACAAGUGGCUUCUUUCAAUUGGAAAUGGAGAAUUGGUUGAUGUUGAAAUACCAAAAAAACAUGUUGAGUCAUGA